AUGGGCGACACCAACCUAGCUGAAGACAGCACUGAGGCAGUGUCUCCCCAAUGUUCGCUGCCAGAAUUAUAUGCAUUUGUUGAGAAUUUCAGUAAGAAGAGCAAGAAAUUAAAUCUCCUAAAAACAUGCGGUAUUUCACUUGAUGAAGCACAGAAAAUGCUUACUAAAAACCUGAACGCCAUGUCCUUCGCCAGGGGCGCCGUCAUGGGAAGAGAAGAUCCCCACCAUGUUUUCAUGUGCACGCUGGUUAAAAAGGAGGAGGAGAAGAAGCCAGAGUCCAUGGUGGAACUCCUGCACCGCAGCUUGCUGGCGGGCUCCCAGUCGUCAGUGGAGAGGCUCUGCAGGUCCCAGCAGAGGCUGCGGCAAUGUGGAAUCCCCCCGCCCGCACACACCUUUCCUUAUGACACUCGUAAGGAUCACUCGAAGGCUUUGUCCCGGUUUGCCAACCUGAAGAAGAUUCAGAGCACCAAAGUCUUAUGCAGGCUAGGCCUUCCCAAGGCCAGCUCGGAAAAGCUCACCUUCGAAGACGGAAUUCCUAAAUACCUCUUAGUCGACUCAGGGUCCGCGUUGACUACCCCGCGGGUCGGGACACAGGUGAGUGACCCAGGCAAGACUGCUGAGCUGGAGCGGGGCCCUGCAGGCCUGUGA